AUGUCGCUGUUUUUGCUCAUUAUCUUAAAAUUCUUUUUUCUCCUUUCAGUUACUUUAGACCAAAUCCAGAUGAAGAUUGAUGACCUUAAAAAAGAAAACAGGGAUCUUGAAAAAACCAUAAUCAGGGAAGCAAAGAAGCAGGCAGAAAUGAAGAGAGAACAUAAGCUUUCCCUUGCUGAAGUAGGAAGUAAAUUAAAAGCCCAAGAUGAAUUGGAUCAAGAGCUGAGAGCCUUGACAUCCAAAAAACAAGAACUGAAAGAAAGGAAAAAGUUCCUGGAAGACCAGUGUAAUGCCCUGAGUUCUCAGAAAACAGCUAAAGAAGCAGAAUUGAACCUGCUAAAGAAGAAAGUGGAUAUGGUGGUGGAGUUCUCUGAAAAACGAAAACUGACUGCAGAAGAGAAGCUAGAACAGACACUUUGUGAAUUAAAUGCAACCAGGAAUGAGCUGUUAGCUGCCGAUGAAAAGCUGAAAUUAACCGAAGAAGAAAUGGACAAGUACAGACAAGAAGUGGAAGAAAUGGAAGAUCAGCUGCUGGAGGCUGAGCUCACCUUCAAUCACAAGAUCGCAGUUCAGGAGAGAAAUGCUGUGGCUAACUGGAUGAAGGCUCGGUAUUGGGAAACAAGGAUGAUGCAGCAGAGCAGGGAGAACGCCUACCUGAAAUACAGACUGCGCAUGAUGGAAGGGGAGACGCUGCCUGUGGGAUCCAUGUGGUGCGGACCGAUGCCGGGAAGGCCCGAGUUGCAGGAGCCUCUGUGGCAAGCACCUAGACCGGUUCCCAGGAUGAAUGGCAGCACCAGCCCUCAAAGGGACCCAGAGAUGGCUUCGGUAAGUGCUGUGGGUGUUUUUAGUUGUGUCUGUUUCUGA